GCGACUCGGGAAGUGAAAUGCGGUACAUUCAACUUUGCCUCUCCAUUCAUGCGUGUAUAUAAUAGUGAGGUAUUUACUCGCAGCGUCUGUAGUUAGCUGUUGUGUUUGUAGUGGCUCCUACGAUGCAGUGGUUGGGAGUUGUGCUACGGGUUCACGGGAACAUUGCCAGAGCGUAUAUGCAUGCGUAUAGUUCCUUGUUGUUUAGUUUGAUUGAAAAUAUUCCGUACGUUUACUAUCGUGCAUUCGUUUGAAAUAGGAGACGUAUAAAACAAGGUACCAAGAAAUUCGAAAAGAUUGCUAUGAAUCAGAAGGCAGCCGCCGUGCGUGUUUUCGUGGCACUGCUAUUCGGCACUGUAUACGUACUGUUUACAACGUCCGCUAACGCCCCUGCUGCUCCGCCCAAAGACCACAAUGGAGUGAAUGGCAGUGAUUAUGCAGCAGCGGUGCACGAAGUGUCGUAUCGCACACGCAGUGUCGUCUGCUCCAAGUACACGUUUCUCCUCGUCGUCGUGCAUUCCGCCGUCCGGAACUUCAAGCUCCGUCAGUCGAUCCGAGACACGUGGGCCGACGCGAGAGACACGUGGCGGCAGGAGGCGGUACGAACGGUCUUCAUUCUGGGAGAGUCCGAAGAUGUUGGCGAUCAAUCUAGAGUGGACGAGGAGAAUCACAUUCAUAAUGACGUCGUCCAAGCAAGAUUCUUGGACUCGUAUGCGAAUCUCACUCGCAAGCAUUUCGUCGCUCUCAAGUACGCGACGGAAUCGUGUCAGUCUGCUGAUCACAUCGUGAAAGUGGAUGACGAUGUUUUCAUUAACUUGCCUGCGAUUAUUAGUUAUCUAUCAACUUCACGGACGAAGGAUAAUAUUAUGUGUAACGUACUGAAACACGAAUUUCCGAAUCGGAACCCUAGACAUAAGCUAUUUAUAAGCGAGAAGGAAUAUCCGGACAAUGAAUACCCACCAUUCUGUAUGGGUAUGGCUAUCAUAUAUUCUCGUCAUGCUGCGAAUAUGCUCGUAACGGAGGCAGAAAAUGCAAAAUUUAUCGACAAAAUCGACGACGUUUACUUCGGAGGCAUAUUGCCGCGUAAAUUGAGAAUUCCACUUGAAGAUUUACGAGGAAAGUACUCGGAAACUGGCGCGAAUACAUUAGAGUGGGUAAGGAGUGGUGACGCGCGACCAGCGUGGUUUUAUUUUGCGUUAGUGUGGCACCGACCCCGGGGUGGCAUGAAACAUGUGUGGAUGAAAGUCAGGGCAAACCAAAGGGAAACGCAAGGAAGUCUUCUAUCUUAGACGUGAACAAUUAUAUGAGUUAUUGUGUUUGUGUAUAGUGCAUGGACAGUUCAAGUCUAUAUCGUAGGGAAGUCCUCGUACGUGUCUUCGUACAGCGGUAGGUAUAGGCCUACGCAUCCAAACGAUAUACAACCGAAAUGAAGAACAUCAAAGCUUUUACAUUUACGAGUUGUAUCUGAUUAAUUGUGUAUGAAUACAAUAUUUUUAUGUAUGUA